AUGUGCGCGUCCGGGACGCGUCCGACGAUGCGAUGUCGUAUCGACGCGGUCGCGCGCGCGCUCGCCGCUCGACGACGCGCGGCGUAUCGCGGACGCGGCGGGCGCUCGAGAGGACGCGCGCGCGGCGAAGGCUCUGCUCGGCGCGACGACGGGUCCCGCGAGCGCGCGCGGGCGGCGCGCGAGCGGAGGUUCCGAGCGGUUCCGAGCCGCCGGGCGCCGAGGUGUGACCUGAGGGGACCGCCGCGGAUAGGACGCGGACGGACCCGUCGUAUCGCAUUCGUCGGCCGAUGCGUUUUUCUCGUCAUCAAAUACGGUGUAUUAUCUCGGUUCGCUAAAAUACAGAAGACGCUCCCUCCCCCUCUCGUCCUCUCCCGCGAGCGCGCCGCGUCGUUCCCCCGACGCGCGCGCGAUCGAUCCAUCGAUCGAUCCAUCACGCGCCGCCCGUCGCUUCGAACAGCGCUCGAAUCUCGGCCACCACCUCGCUCGUGAGCUCCGCGGUCAUCGCCCCGCCCGGGCCCGCGCGCGCGCGCACGGCUUGCACCGCGCCCCGCAACCGAACCACCGCGGGCGGCGUCGCCGGCGGCUCCUCCUCGGACGCCGCCGCGCCCUCGGGGCCGGGGCCGGGGCCGGGGCCCGGUCCCGGUCCCGGUCCCAACGAUUCGCGCGCGACUUUCCUCAACAGCGCGCGCGUCAGCUCCGGCGUCACGCGUAACGUCCCGGGAGCCGCCCCCACGCCGCCGGCGUCCACCCCGCCCAGCGCCCUGCCGUGCGUCGCGAGGAGCCUCCUGAACCGAUCCUUGCACGCGAUCGGCGCGCGGUGGACGUUAUCGAUCGACCGCGCGGCGGACAGCGCGGAGGACGCGACGUUCCACGCGCCGCCGCCGAAUUCGUUCACGAGCGCGCAGAGGACGACGUCCUCGCCGCCUUUCCACUUGUUAGAG